CCACGGUGGAGGCGCUGGCGGGAGCCCGGGAGGCCGGGGAGGCCGUGGGCGCCGUGGGGCGUGAGUUCGUGACGGCGUUCAUGCAGAACUACCAGGUGGGCUACUCGGCGGCCAACCUGAGCCUGCGCAUCACCAGCCUGGAGGCCGCGGCCGACGUCUCGGUGUCCAGCCACGCGUCCGGCGACGAGUUGCGGGUGACGGUGGCCCCGGGCCAGACGGAGACGGUCGUCAUCCCGGCCUCGGCCGAGGUGACCGGCAGCGACGUGUCUGAGCGGGCGGUGGUCAUCCGGGCCAGCCAGGACGUCGCGGUGCUGGCCGUCAACGCCAAGCCCAACACGGCCGAGGUCACGCAGGUGUUCCCGCUGGCGGCGCUGGGCACGGAGUACUUCGUGCUGACGCCGCCCGGGAACUCGGCCAAGCACUUCCGUCAGUUCGUCGUGGUGGCCGGGCCCGCGGGCGCCUCGGUGGACGUGCUCCUCACCGGGUCGGCCACCUUCCGGGGCACCUUCCACCCGGCGGGCAGCCGCCUGGCCGCGGCCCUGGGCCCCUAUGGCGUGGCCCAGGUGCAGAGCACCUCCGACCUGUCGGGCUCCCGCGUGACCUCGAACCGGCCCGUGGCCGUCCUGUCCGGCAACACGUGCGUGCAGAAGCACACGAGCUGCAACCACGUGACGGAGCAGCUGCUGCCCACGGCCUCCUGGGGGACCACGUUCGUGGUGCCCCCCGCCUCCUUCCAGUCCCGCUACGACCUGGCCUACGUGGUGGCGGCGCGGACCACGGAGCUGCGCUUCGUGCACGGCGGAACGCCGGGCUCGCAGGCCCUCAAGUCCGGCCAGGUGGUGGCCUUGGAGGUGCGGCCCACGCGGCCGCUGCUGCUGGAGGCCAACGCCGGCAUCCAGGUGCUGCUCUUCGGGGCCGGCGGCGCCAGGGGGGCGGUCUCCUACGACCCCUACCUCGCCCUGGUCCCACCGGUGACGAGCUACUGCUCGGCUUACGUGGCGGCCGGCCUGCCCGGCGUCCAGAACCUGGCUGUGCUGGUGGCCCCCGCGGCCGACGUGGCCGGCGUGACCUUGGAUGGCGAGGCCCUGGGGCCCGGGAGCCCGUGGACCACCGUGCCAGGGAGCGACUUCUCCUACGCCGAAGUAGAGUUCGGGCCGGCCGGCCAGAACCACGCUCUGCGGAUCGCGCAGGGAGCCUUCGGCCUGCUGACCAUCGGCCUGGCCCAGGCAACGGGAUUCGGGACGGGAGCUGCUUGUGGCGAGAUGACCUCCGAGAUCCGAUGCACCCCCCAGUGUCGGCCGCAAGAGCACUGCGAGCUGGUGAGCGGUAAACCCUCGUGCGUGGCUGACUCCAGCGCCACGUGUCGGGCGGAGGGAGACCCGCACUACUGGACCUUCGACGGCUUGGCAUUCGACUUCAUGGGCACCUGCACCUACACCCUGGCCGAGAUAUGCGGGGAUGACGAGUCGCUCCCGGCCUUCAGCGUGGAAGCGAAGAACGACAACCGCGGGAGCAAGCGCGUGUCCUACGUGAACCUCGUCACCGUCCGCGCCUACAGCCAGAUCGUCUCCUUGGCCCGCGGGGAGCACGGCUUCGCCCGUAUCAACAACCAGCGCUCGCUGCUGCCCGUGUCGCUGCACGACGGACGCCUGCGCGUGUUUCAGAGCGGGAACCGCGGCGUGGUGGAGGCUGACUUUGGCCUGCGGGUCACUUUCGACUGGGAUAACCGGCUGAGCAUCACGCUGCCCAGCAGCUUCUGGGCCCACGUGUGCGGCCUGUGCGGGAACUACAACGGGAACCCGGGCGACGACAUGGCCACGCCCGACGGCACGCCGGCCGCCAACCCGGUGGAGUUCGGGCGCAGCUGGAAGUUGGCCGACGGGGACCGUUUCUGCUGGGACGAGUGCCCCGGCGGGCCCCCGACCUGCUCGGCCGGCCAGGUCCAGGAUUACAGCGACGCCCGGCUCUGCGGCCUGCUCAGGCUGCCCGACGGGCCCUUCGGCCAGUGCCACGCCGUCGUGGCCCCCGACCGCUUCCUGGACAACUGCGUCUACGACUUGUGCGUCAGCGAAGGGGACAGGCCCGUGCUGUGCCAGGGCCUGGAGGCCUACGCGGAGGCCUGCCGCGACGCCGGAGCGCCCGUCAGCGACUGGAGGACCCCGGCCGGCUGUCCGUACUCCUGCCCGGCCAACAGCCGCUACGAGGCGUGCGGCAGCGCCUGUCCCGCCACCUGCAGCGACCAGACGGGUCCGGCCCCCAACUGCUCGCUGCCCUGCGUAGAGACGUGCCGGUGCCUGGCGGGCUUCGUACUGAGCGGCGGACGGUGUGUGGCCCGCUCCGACUGCGGCUGCGUGCACCAGGGCCGCCCGCUGGCCCCCGGCGAGCAGUUCUGGGGCGACGACCGCUGCCAGCAACGCUGCCAGUGCGACGGCAAGACGGGCCAGGUGUCGUGCCGGGCCCAGGGCUGCCUGAAAGGGGAGCGCUGCACCGUGCAGAACGGGCUCCGCGGCUGCUACCCCAUCCGAUUCGGCUCUUGCUCGGCGUCCGGGGACCCGCACUACAUCAGCUUCGACGGCCGCAGGUUCGACUUCAUGGGCACGUGCGUGUAUCUGUUCGCCGGCCUGUGCCAGUCCAGCCCCGGCCUGCAGGACUUCCAGGUGCUCGUGGAGAACGAGCAUCGCGGGAGCCAGACGGUGUCCUACACCCGGGCCGUGCGGGUCAAGGUCUACGGCCUCCAGAUCGCCGUCCGCAGGGAGCAUCCCGGCAGGGUCCUGGUGGACGGCCUCCUGCAGUACCUACCCCACCAGACGGCGGACGGCCGCGUGGACAUUUUCCGCCAGGGCGAGGACGCCGUGAUCCGGACCGACUUCGGCCUGACGGUCACGUACGACUGGAAAGCGCGGGUCACCGUCCGCGCCCCCAGCAGCUACGAGGAGGCUCUGUGCGGGCUCUGCGGGAACUACAACGGCGACCCGCAAGACGACCUGCUCCUGCGCGGGGGGGGCCCUGCCCCCGACCCCACGGCCUUCGGGCAGAGCUGGCGGGAGGAGACGGUGCCGGGCUGCAGCGAGACGUCCCCUGGCUCAUGCCCGGACCUGAACAUCCUGAUGGGGCAGCAGCAGCAGAGCGGGAAGCAGUGUGGCAUCCUGGUGGACACGAACGGGCCGUUCCGCGGGUGCCACGGCAAAGUGGACCCGCAGGGUUUCUUCCGGGACUGCGUCUAUGACACCUGCCUGCUGCCCGGCCGGCCGGGGGUGGUCUGCGAAGCCGUGGCCGCCUACGUGGCCGCCUGCCACGCCGCUGGGGCCACCGUCACAGAUUGGCGCUCGGACACCUUCUGCCCUCUGACCUGCCCCGCCAACAGCCACUACGAGCUGUGCGUCCGCGGCUGCCCGUCCAGCUGCGGCACCCAGCUGGUGCCCGGGGGCUGCGGCUCCCAGUGCCAGGAGGGCUGCGCCUGCGACGACGGCUACCUGCUGAACGGCGAGACGUGCGUGCGGCCGGCCCAGUGCGGCUGCUCGCUGCACGGCUCCUACUACCCGCCCGGCUCCUCGUUCGUGACCGGCCCGGACUGUGCCCAGCAGUGCUCCUGCACCGCCGGGGGCCAGCUGCACUGUACCCCGGCCUCCUGCGGCCCCCACGAGAAAUGCGGCCUCUCCGGCGGGGCCUGGGGCUGCGUCGUGGUGGGCUCGGCCACUUGCUCGGCCUCGGGCGACCCUCACUACACCAGCUUCGACGGGCGGCGCUUCGAUUUCAUGGGGGAUUGCACGUACGUGCUGGCCCGCAGCUGCGGCGAGCGGCCCGGCCUCCAGGCCUUCGCCGUCUUCGUGCAGAACGUCAAGUGGGGCAACGGGCGGGUCAGCGUUACGCGCCUGGUGGCCCUGCAGACGGCCGGAGUCAAGCUCGUCCUGGAGCAGAACCAGAGAGGACUGGUCAAGGUGGACGGCAUCUCCCUGAAACUCCCCGUGUCGGCGGCUGGUGGGAGAGUCCAGGCGGCUCAGCAAGGCGCCGACGUGGUCAUCCAGACGGACUUUGGACUACGUGUCACCUAUGACCUCGUCUACCACGUCCGGGUCAAGGUCCCCGGGAACUACCACGGGCAGGUCUGCGGCCUCUGCGGCGACUACAACGGGGUGGCGGCCGACGACUUCCGGCUGCCCGAUGGCCAGACGGUCAACGACCCCACGACCUUCGGGGCCUCCUGGGAGGUGCCCGUGCCCGGCUCCUCUUGCACCUCCAUCUGCCCGGGGGGCAGCCCCUGCCCGCCCGAGACCUGCCCUCCCGCCCUCGAGGACAACUACAAGCAGAACCGCUACUGCGGGCUGCUGACCGACCAGCAGGGUCCCCUGGCGCCCUGCCACGCGGUGAUCAACCCCGAAGGCUACUUUAAGGACUGCGUGUUUGACCUGUGCCUGGGCGGCGGGAACGAGAGCAUCUUGUGCGACAGCGUCCACGCCUACGUGUCCGCCUGCCAGGCCGCCGGCGUAACCGUCGGCCCGUGGCGCAGUGACAAGUUCUGCCCCAUGCGCUGCCCCGCCAACAGCCACUACGAGCUCUGCGCCCAUUCCUGCUCCACCAGCUGCGCCGCCCUAGACCAGACCCCCAACUGCCCCGGCUUCUGCUCCGAAGGCUGCCAAUGUGACCCCGGCUUUCUGGCGGCCGGACCCACCUGCGUCCCGCUGCAGGAUUGCGGAUGCUUCGAGGACGGGAGAUACUAUGAGCCCAACGAGGACGUCUUGGUGAACAACUGCCACGACAUAUGCACCUGCCGCCCGGGCCAGGGCCUCACCUGCCGCCCUCACAGCUGCCCCAGCGACCACGUCUGCGAGGCCAUCGAUGGCGCCUUAACUUGCACCUCCCGAGACCCCUGCCGGGACGUGACCUGCCGGGACCAGGAGACUUGCAAGGACGGGGUGUGCGUCCCGGACUACAGCGCCACCUGCUGGCUGUGGGGCGACCCGCACUACCAGUCCUUCGACGGCCGCGCCUUCGACUUCCAAGGCACCUGCAGCUACCUGCUGGCCGCCCCGUGCGGGCCCGGGGCCGCCGGACUCCCGGCUUUUGCCGUCACCACGAAGAACGAGAACCGGGGACACCCCUCGGUGUCCUACGCCCGCUCCGUCACCGUUUCCGUCUAUGGCCUCAACGUCUCCGUGCACAAGGGGGAAUUCGGCGCAGCGCGGGUGAACGGGGUGCGGACCACCCUGCCGGUGACCCUGGCCGGAGGCCAGCUGACCGUGAAGCAGGGCCCGGGCAAGGCCGUGGUGGACACGGCCUUCGGGCUGAGCGUGACCUACGACUGGAACUGGAGAGUGGAGGUGACCCUGCCCAGCAGCUACCACGACGCCGUGUGCGGGCUGUGCGGAGACUUCGACGGGGACAAGGCCAACGACCUGGCCUACCCCAACGGGACGCUGGCCGCCUCCAUCCCCAGCUGGGGCGGGAGCUGGCGAGUGCCCGACCGAGACCCCUUCUGCUGGGACGAGUGCCACGGGCACUGCCCCACCUGCUCGGACGACCAGAAGCAGAAGUACGAGGGCCCCAGCUCCUGCGGGGUCCUGACGGCCGCCCCCGACGGCCCCUUCUCGGCCUGCCACCGCGUCGUGAGCCCUGACAGCUUCUUCGACGGCUGCGUCUACGACGUCUGCCUGGGCGGCGGCGCUCAGGACAUCCUGUGCCAGGCGCUGGCGGCCUACGCGGCCGCUUGUCAGCAGAAAGGCGUCCCCAUCGACGACUGGCGGUCUGGCGCCGGCUGUGCGCUCGCCUGCCCGGAGAACAGCCACUACGAGCUCUGCGGCUCCUCGUGCCCCGCCAGCUGCUCCGACCGGACCCCGCCGGCCCCGUGCCCGGAGCCCUGCGCCGAGGGCUGCCAGUGCGACGCGGGCCACGUGCUGAGCGGGGCGGCCUGCGUGCCCCUGGGCGGCUGCGGCUGCUCGGCCAACGGCACCUAUUACCCGCCGGGCACCGAGUUCUGGGGCGACGAGUCGUGCCGGUCCCGCUGCCGCUGCGACCCCGAGCGGGCCGAGCUGCUGUGCGGCGCCGCCUCCUGCGGGCCCGGCGAGGUCUGCUCCGCGCUCGACGGGGUCCUGGGCUGCCACCCGGCCUCCCUCGCCGUCUGCCAGGCCUACGGAGACCCGCACUACGUCACCUUCGACGGCCGCCGCUACGACUUCCAGGGCGGCUGCGACUACCUGCUGAGCGGCCUGUGCCGCCCCCGCCCGGGCCUGGAGCCCUUCCAGGUGGUGGUGGCCAACAGGCACCGCGCCAGCCGGGCCGUCACCUACACCCGCACCGCCACGCUCCACGUCUACAACCACAGCUUCGCGCUCAGCCAGGAGUUCCCGCGCAGGAUGCAGGUGGACGGCGCCUUUGUAGACCUGCCCUUCCAGCUGGACGGGCGGCUCCGGGCCUACAUCAGCGGGAAGGACGUGGUGGUGGCCACAGCCUUCGGGCUGCAGGUGACCUUCGACGGGGACAGCCUGGUCCGGGUGUCGGCGCCCAGCCCCUACACCGACUCGCUCUGCGGCCUGUGCUCCAACUACAACGGGGACCCCUCGGACGACCUGACGCUGCCCAACGGGACGCCCACCCCCGACCCCUCCACCUUCGGAAACAGCUGGCAGGUGGGCGGAGGCCCCGAGUGCGCAUCCUCCUGCCCCGGGGGCUGUCCCGUCUGCAGCAAGGAGGAACAGGACAAGUACCGCGGCCCCGAGGCCUGCGGGGUCAUCUCCCAGCCGGACGGACCCCUCCGCGCCUGCCACGGCCUGGUGGACCCCAGCCCCUUCUUCUCCUCCUGCCUCCUGGACGCUUGCGAAGCCCAAGGCCACCCCAGUGUUCUGUGUUCGGCCGUGGCCGCCUACGUGACCGCCUGCCAAGCCGCGGGGGCCAAGCUGGAAGAGUGGAGACGGCCGGACUUCUGCCCCGCCAGCUGCUCCCCCAACAGCCACUACGAGCUGUGCGGCGACUCCUGCCCGUCCACCUGUGCGGACCUCUCCGGCCCGGCCGGCUGCCGGUCCGGCUGCCGGGAAGGCUGCGUCUGUGACUCGGGCUUCGUGCUCAGCGGCACCGACUGCGUCCCCCUGGCCCAGUGCGGCUGCGUCCACCUCGGCCGUUACUAUCCCCUGGGCCAGACCUUCUACCCCGGCUCCGGCUGCGAGCAGCUCUGCGAGUGCGGGCUGAACGGCGAGGUCAGCUGCCAGGAGAGGCCGGGCUGCGGGCCGCACGAGGAGUGCCGACUGGAGGCCGGAGUCCCGGGCUGCCACCCCAAGGGCUGCGGCCGCUGCGUGACCUCGGCCGGAGCCCACUUCAUCACCUACGACGGCCGCGUCUUCGACUUCCACGGCUCCUGCUCCUACGUGCUGAGCCAGCUGUGCCCCACGGCGCGAGGCCUACAGGACUUCUCCGUCAUCCUGGAGAAGGACGCGGCUGGAGACACUGCCCGCCUGCUGGUCACGGUCGCUGGCCACCGUGUGGUCCUGGGCAAGGGCCAGAAGGCCUCUGUGGACGGGGAAGCGGUGUCCCUGCCCUUGGACGGAGGCGCCUUGCGGCUGACGGCCGAGGGCCAGAACGUGGUGCUGCAGGCGACCCUGGGGCUGCGUAUUCUGUACGACGGGGACGCGCUGGUGCUGCUGUCCGUGCCCAGCACGUACUGGGGCCAGGUCUGCGGCCUGUGCGGCAACUUCAACGGCAACUGGAGCGAAGACUUUCGGCUGCCCGGCGGCGCCGUCACCACCAGCGUGCAAGACUUCGGCGCCUCGUGGAAGGCCCCCGGGUCCGCCGCCCAGUGCGGGCACGGCUGCGGGCCGGGAGGCUGCCGGGUCUGCAGCGCGGCCGAGACGGCGCCCUACGAGGUGCCCACGGCCUGCGGGAUGCUGCGGGACGUGAAAGGCCCCUUCGGCGACUGCCACGGCCGGGUCAAUCCGUCCGAGUACUUCCGCCAGUGCGUCUACGACCUGUGCCAGACGCGCGGCGCCGCGGCCGCCCUGUGCCGCAGCCUGCAGGCCUACACGGCGGUGUGCCAGGCUGCCGGGGCCUCCGUCCAGUCCUGGAGGAGACCCGACUUGUGCCCCCCGAGCUGCCCCUCCAACGGCCGCUACUCCGUGUGCAUGCGGUCGUGUGAGAGCUCGUGCUCGGCCCUGUCGACCUCCGGCUUCUGCUCCCCGCGCUGCUUCGAGGGCUGCCAGUGCCGGGACGGAUUCCUGCUGUCCCAGGGCGCCUGCGUCCCCGUCCGGGACUGCGGCUGCCUCCACCGAGGCCGCUACCUCCCGGUGAACGGGAGCCUCCUGUCCCCCGACUGCUCGGAGCGCUGCCGCUGCACCGGCGGGUCCGGGCUGCGCUGUGCGGCGGCGGGGGGCUGCGGGCCCGAUCGGGUCUGCCAGCUGCACGAAGGCUCCCGGACCUGCCGGCCCUGGCGCGGCCUCUGCUCUCUCGCCGCCGGGAACCGGCUCACCUCCUUCGACGGGGCCCGGGGCGCCGUCGUCGGCUCGGGCACCUAUGAGUUGUCGGCCCCCUGCCGGGACGGCCUCGGGGCCUGGUUCCGCGUGCUGGUCGGGCUCCGGCACAAUCCCGCCGCCCUGACCGUGGGCACCAUCUUCUUCCGCGACGGGGUGGUCACCGUCACCCGGCAGUCCGGCGUCUGGGUGAACGGACGGCCCGUGUCCCUCCCGGCCCGGGUGUUGGCCGGCGUGUCGGUCAGUCGCUCUCCGGACGGGUCUUUGGUGGUGCAGCAGGCGGCCGGGGUCCGCUUGCGCCUCCGGCCCAACGGGGAGCUGGACGUGACGGCCCCCGACGCCUUGGCCGGCGCCUUGUGCGGCCUGUGCGGGAACCUGGACGGGGACAAGACCAACGACCUGCAGGAGGCCCGGGGCAAGAAAGCGGUCGACGACGAGCAAGGGGUGAUGAGCAGCUGGAGGGCAGAGGACUUCUCAACCUGCUACCAAGCCGAGGAGGACCACAGAGAAGACGUGGCCCGCUAGUGGCUGCCAGAAAGGACCAAUAAAAAUCUUCUUGAACACAG